UGCAUCACGUCUGUAAAAUCUGUCGUCUUCACUUCCGGUGUUGAAGUUGUUCAGUUUUGGAUCACGUUUUGGCCUUAAACUUCCAUUUCCUGUCACAAUCGUCCCGCAAACAGCGUUUUCAGGCCGGAACGGUUGUCUUCUAGCCGGAUCGGAAGGCGCUGUAAGCUGACAAUGUUGUGUUAAGGUGGGAAAGUUUCUUGGCAGGAUUUUUCAGUCCGCAUGGCUAGCUUGCCCCUCCCCCUCCUGUGCAACAUACAUCAUUACGCUAUGACAGGCCGCUGUCAUCAGACCCGGUAACGUUAUCCGUCUGACCCGGUGGCCACCCCGGUACCAGCACACCACCGAGCCGCUGCACCCAACCCGCUCGGUCCACCCUCACCACGGCCCGCCUGCGCUCCCACCCCGCCCCGCUCCACCCUCCCGAGCACGGACACAACAACAACAACACCAUGGCCUUCUUCUGCUUACUCUGGAGGGUGGUGAAACAUCUCUUAUUCCGUCCCGAGACGUGGCUGAUGACGCUGAUCGGAGUCGCCAUCUACAGCUAUGUGCACCACUGGGGCGACAUCAAGGCUAUUUUUAACCAGGCCAAGCUCUCUCUCAGCUCUAGAACUUCCCAGCUCGCAGGGAUUGCGACGGUGAUUCAGGAAAACCAUUCCGAAUCGUCGAAGGAACCGCAGCUGGAGUUGAGCGAGGAUGUGAGCGAGGAGGAACUUGCGCAGAUCUGGGAAUUCCGGAAGGAUAACGUUGCGGUGUACGCGAUACAGGGACGACGGGAACACAUGGAAGACAGGUACAGUGUCAUCACCAACAUUGCAAAGAGCGGAGCGUCCGUCUUUGAAAUCUUCGAUGGGCACGGGGGAGACUUUGCGGCAGAGUAUGCAGAAAAGAAGCUGACAGAAGUCUUAGAACAGAGGUUGACGCGAGAAGACGCAGCAAAGAACCACGAGGACCAUUUCACCAUCCUCACAGACGAGAUUCUGUCGGUGGACAAGAAAUUGGUCACAGCAGCAAAAACACAGAACGACGUAGCUGGCACGACAGCAUUGGUGGCGUUGUUAGAAGACAACCAGCUGACCGUCGCGAACGUCGGGGACUCGCGAGGCGUCAUCUGCGACGCGGAGGGUCGGGCGAUCCCGCUCUCGUUCGACCACAAACCGCAGAUCCUAAAGGAGCGCAAGAGGAUAAAGAAGGCGGGGGGGUUCAUUAGUUAUAACGGGGUGUGGAGGGUGCAGGGAGUGCUGGCGACCUCGCGUGCCUUAGGGGACUAUCCGUUGAAAGACAGGAGUUACAUCGUCGCAGACCCGGACAUUCUGUCGUUCGACUUGAGGGACAUCAGGCCGCAGUUCAUGAUCCUCGCCACUGAUGGAUUGUGGGAUGCGUUUAGCAACGAGGAGGCGGUGGAUUUUAUUAAGGAGCGACUCGACGAGCCGCACUUUGGCGCGAAGAGUAUCACGUUACAGGCGUUCUACCGAGGCUCGCUGGAUAAUAUUACGGUUAUGGUGGUGAACUUUCGCGCAAAGAGGGGGAACAAAAACGGUUUCAGGGAGACGUCGGUGUAGGGGAGGGGGUUACUAUGUCUGUAAAUAACUUCAUAAUCAUAGCAUCAUUCAUUAGCUGUGGUACACUGUUGGCUCAAUAUUUUUGUUUGCAUGUAGUUGGCCCUGCUUGAAUCCAUUUUGUCUCAAAAUUUAUUGUUUUCAUAGAUUUUGAACGAGCUCGCUGAUUGGCCCAAUUUGCCAAAGCCCUCUUUCGGAAGGGCAUUCUGUCAUCAUCAACAUGGCCGACGCGAAAGCGGAUGCUCGGACCCACUCGUAGUUAGCAAGCAAAAAAUUGAGCUAGCAGUGACUGUGGAGGAUGGUACCAGGGCUAUAGCAUCAUUGGAGAAUGAAAUUCUUCAUACAAAACCAAACCCUACAUGUAAGUUUCAUCUAGUCAGUCAUUUUAUCUACCACAAUGAUCAUGAGCACCUAAAGACAAGCCUUAGGGUUAUAUCUAAAAUUUCUUUCUCUUAAAGGGUUGUCUCCCAACUCUAAAACUUGAGGAGACUGGAGACAAAACUGUUUUCCAACAUUACUUGCGUUUCGGAACUUUGGAAUCUUUUUCCAAACUGUUUAAAUCAAAGGAAACUUUUACUUCUUGUGUCCCAUUUUGUUCUGUUCUUUUUUGCGAAGAAUAGACUUUUUUUAGAUCACAAUUAACUUGGCAUUUAAUGAUUGAAUGAGAUCAUUGAAUGAGUAAUUUUGUAAUAUUAAUCUGGUUAUUGUAAUCAGUGCCUGUCAUAUUGCAAUCUCGACUGAAAGAGUUAAAAAGGGUGAUUCAGGUCAUCGUUGCACAUAAACUAUUAUGUAAAGUUGAUGUGAAUAAUA